UGUCAUCUUUUUGUAUUUGUAUUUGACAGUUACCAUAACCGUUACCAUAACCAUACUCAUGUUAUAUGUAAUGCUGAAAUUCAAGUAAGCCCACUUGUAUAACAAUUAUAAACGAUGCUAAUGAAGUGACUACACAAAGAAAAGUAUUUGGAUUUAAAUUAAUAUGUUUUAAGUAAAACUGCAAGAAGAUGGGGCUUUUACUUCCCUUGAUAUUUGUGAUAGGAGGAAGUAUCAGUAUACAUUUGUGUUUAGGCAGUUUCUACAUAUUUGGCAACAUCAGCCCGUACAUGAUAUCGUACCUGAAGAACCGCACGAGCGAACACUCUCUGCGUAAUGAGGACAAUAUUUGGAUAAUGAACGCAGCGACCAUUUUGUCCCCUGUUGCAAUGACCCUUGGCGGGAUCUUGGACAGGAAAUGGGGUGUGAAAGUGGCAUGCAGCAUUGGAUGCGCUCUGUUCUGUUCUGGAGUCGCCCUCAGCUAUUUUACCAUCAAAAGUUCUCUGGCGCUGGUGUCAUUAACCUAUGGUAUGCUGGCAAAUUUUGGAGCAUCAAUUGCAUACGGCCCCCCUGCACAAAACGCAGCCAAGUGGAUUCCGAAGCACCCCACAUUUGCUGUGGGAUUGAUCGUCUGUGGCUACGGCGGUGGUGCAUUUAUAUUCAACUUCGUUGUCACUGGUUUUAUCAACCCUAAUAACCUGUCUCCAGAUCUUGUAGAAGCUGGGAAUAAAAAAUACUUCACCCAAAAGGCUGUGUUGGACCGUGUCCCGUACGUGUUUCUGUUACUGGCAGGGAUAUAUCUUGCAAUGUGUGUCAUUGGGAUCAUAGCCGUUACUCCUCCACCUGUCCCGGGUCAGGAAGGAUGUCUGCACCAUUUGCGUGAAGAUGAAGAGCUGAUGGUCAACCAAGGAAUUAACUUAAUGCCAAGGGAGUCUGCCCUUGUUAUUAUGCUGAGAGUAAUCAAAAACAAGAAUGCCUGGAUAUGGAUGUGGAUCCUAUUUUUGAUAUUUUGUGGUCUCCAGUUUGCCAACAGUUUCUACAAGGACUAUGGGCAAACAUUCAUAUCAGAUGAUCAUUUUCUUGCACUUAUUGGGUCGAUGUCGUCUAUAUUUAACUGCUUGUUGAGACCAGUAUGGGGUGUUAUUAUGGACAAGUACGGCUUUGAGUUCGCGAUAAAGUGGCUGUCGAUGAUUUUUACAAUAUUGUCGUGUACUAUUAUGUAUACCGAAAAAAUGCACAAAAUAUUCUUCUUACUAUGGAUAUGUGGAAUGUAUGGGAGUUAUUGUGGGCUAUGGGCCAUAGGACCAUCAACACUUGGACAACUGUUUGGUGUAGAAAAUAUGGCAGUGAGCAUGGGAUUUAUGUUCGUGGCAGUUUCCAUCGGUACAAUUGUGGGAGGAUUUGUUGGUCUACACUUCCAGAUGUUGAUAGGCUGGCACUGGCUAUUCAUAUCAGCCGGCUUUCUCUCAGCAGGGGCGUUUUUUUUGUCGUUCUUCUUCGAUGGCAGGAAUAUCAACACCGGGAAAAGAAUUUAGUUGUCGUCGACCAUCAAAAGUUCUAUGUUUACUGUUGCCUUAUUCAAUCUGUGAGGUAUAAGUACCUCUAAAGAACUUAACUGUCCUGAUUUUAAAAUAAAAGUUCAGUGAUAUACCAUGUACAAUAUUAAUUGAAUAGUGUUGUUUCACCUGUCGUUAUAUAUGUAUUUGCAAUAAUUAUCAAUACAAAGUUCUGAAUGUAUAGUUCCGUAUAUUUGAGUUGUGUUCAUAAAACAAGUUUCUGUAUUUCAUGUGGUUACUUUUCUGCAAAUUUCGAUAAUAUUUUCAAGGUGAUAUGUUAAGACAUGAACUUAAUUUUAUUUAUAUUACAUGUAGUUCCGUUUAUCGAUUAAAUGCGUUGUCGACAAACAAAGAUGUACAGUUUGUGCAAGGUAUUAUAUUCGACCGUGAUUAUAUGUAUUAAUUGAAAUAGCUGGUUGUAAGAAAAUAGAAGACAUAGAACACAAAUUCACAAACAAGAAACAUAGAACAGCACACAACUCUACAAGCAGCACAGUGCAUAAAUAAUAUAUACAUGUAUAUAUAAAAAUAAUUGGUAUGUUUAUCAAGAAUUGUUUGGUACCGCCUUGGAACGGUCAGUUAAAUGUAAAUUUACUGGGGGGUUAAACCAGUUUAUGUGCACAAACCUCACUCGUAACCCGAAACAUUUGAUCAAAUGACGUCACAAUAACGCGGGAAAUGAUCAACUACUUGAAAUCGCUUUUAAACGUAAAAUUGAAGCACUUAUGACAACAAUACAUUUAUCGUAUCAUAAAUUAACACUUUCUAAAAUGUUGAUUUAUAUUUUACGGGACUUGCUGAGACAAUACAAACAACAACAAAAUGAACAUUUUUCAUGUACAGUACUGUUAAGACCAAACUUGACAGUUAGUGAACUUCUUGUUCACUAUCAGUUCACCAUCAGUGCACUUCGUAGUGCACUAGGGUAAGACAAGGGAAAGACUAGGGAAAGACUAAAUGCAGACAAGGGGCUGACCAGAUGAGGUUUAUUCAGUCUAUAAUAAAGGCUAUCUUUACAGUGAAACUUAGAAUGA